AUGGAAAGUCUGGAGACCCGGCUCAUGGCAGGACAAGGCCAUACAUCCAUGCAGGAUAGCGCUGACAGCACAUUGGAGGAGAAGAGGAAGAAGAAGAAGAAGAAGAAGAAGAAGAAGAAGAAGAAGAAGAAGAAGAAGAAGAAGAAGAAGAAGAAGAAGAAGAAGAAGAAGAAGAAGAAGAAGAAGAAGAAGAAGAACAGCUUCUCUUCCCGAAGAUUUGGAAGCCACCCGGAGAAAAGCGGUACGUGA